CUUGCGCACUGUAAAAAUCCAGGAAGUAGAUCCAUGCACGUGUAGCAUUUGUCAACCUUGAGCAGCUACAAAACAAGGAGCCAUCAGCUUAUGUCUCCAAACAAACCGCUUCAGUAAUGCCAGUAACGAGACUGUUACACCCUCUCUACCAGCUGGGCAAUCCCCAGCUGAGGAUCUUCAGACCCAACUGGUUCCUGACUUUGGUGAGGCCGGGAAAAGAACAGCCUCCUGACACUGUUCAGUUUCGUGUUCCAAUGGAAAUGACGAAAUUUGACAUCAAGAACUACUUGGAGAAGAUCUACAACGUCCCUGUUGGUGCUGUUCGUACCAGGAUACAGUUUGGUUCUAACAAGAAGAGGAACCACCUCAACCAGAAGGUUAAGCAGCCUGACUAUAAAGUAGCCUAUGUUCAGCUGGCACAAGGCCAGACAUUCACCUUUCCUGACAUCUUCCCGGAAAAGGACCGGACGCCGGCGGAGGGCUCCGUGGAGGAGAUGCAGGGCAAGUUCAUGGAGGACGAAAAGCAGAGACAGAAACUCGACCCCAGGAGAGGAGGGGUCACCGAGUGGUUUGGACUGUGAAGCAGCCCACUGACCGCGAAUUCAAUGCGCCUGUGUGUGUGUGUGUGUGUGUGUGUGUGUUUGACUGGGAGCAACAUGUAUUGAUUAAAAAUGCAACUGCUGUGAUGUCACUUCUACUUCUGUAAGAAACACAAGUGUGAAGCGAAGAAAAGAGCGAGCAUGUGUGUGGGAGACUGCAGACAUGUGUUUAGUGUGUUUGCGAGGCUUCAGUCCAGUUACCCGAGCCAGAACUGAAUCAGAGGAAGAGGAGAAGAGUGGCCCAGCUCCAUCUUCGAUGAAAACAGCCCACCACACAAAAUCUCUAUCACCUCAGAUGACCUCUUCUCCUUCCUCCUCACACCGUUCUUGGCACCUCCUUCUCAUUUUUCUCCUUCAUUUUAGCAUCAUUUACUCUGCACCUCUUCUUUCUUUGUGUUUUUUUUUUAAG